UCAAAGAGGAGAGGUAGAUUUUGUGGUUGAAAGUUCUUCGUUGACUGGCCAAAAUAAGAAAUGAUUGCACAAAAGUUAUGUUCUUAGUAUGUACAUGCCCUUGAUGCCUUUGGACAGGGUUGCUCUUCCAAAAAAAAAAAAAAAGGGAAAAAGAAAAAGAUAUGUAUAAAGGCAGGAAGGAGAGUGUUUUCUUUGUAAAAAAGGAUAUCCCUCUUCGUUCUUUGUAGUUUCGUUUCAAAUAUCAUGAAAUCAAUGGAUUCAAGCCACUGUUGCUAUCAAGACAGACAACAGAAGUCAACGAAUGCUAUUAAAUGGAAGUCAACACAACAUUGCAUCAUCCGCCGCAAUGUUUGAAGAGGUCAGAAACAUUAUGUUUGUAUGUAUCCAGAGGUUUCUCCUCAAAUCAAAUAAAUGAAAACAAAAAGAAGAAGAAGAUGUAAAGUUGACUUGCUUCAUUGACGUGCAACCAUGAAGUCUUUAAACUUGAAGUGCAAGCAAGAUACGAGUAGGAUGAAGCUUCAACUAAGCUUCUUGGCAACUUCACUCGUUCAAUCCUCACUGCUAUCUAUAGAGAGCUACGAUCUUCCUAAACCUGAUGCCCACAAGCAGAUAUCCAUGUACGCAGCAAAGACACUCUCAAGAUGGUCUCUCGAUCAACCAAAACCAGGUUCGAAUUCUGGAUAUAUCGUGCUCAAAGACGAGGAAUCUGAACCUGAGUCCGCAUGCUGUUUUGGGUGCCCCGAAGAGACUCGAAUUCGAAAUCUCCCAUUCCCUCAGGACCGAAUCCUUACCAUCAAAUACUCUCCACUCAAAGGUGAGAACGGAUCCAACAAGGCUACCGUUUGCUUCAUCCCUGCGGUAGGUCAUCCAUUAUCAUCCAAUCGAUACUACGUCAUCGUCGCCAAAGGAAGAAAGAGAGGGAAAGUAUAUACAUGUUCAAAGGAAGAUAUCGCAUGCUGCUCUUGCCAUGGUGGUGUAAAGGAUGCAAAAUUGAGAGCUUUCGAUCACAGAAAUGUAUACCAAGUAAUGGAGAUCAAGGAUGAUGGGAACGGGAAAUUUACAGCGAAAUCUGUUGCUCCUGACGGACAUCCUCCAUCAUUGCUAGGGAGGGAACACUGGAAGCUUUAUGCCUCAAAGCCCAAGCAUUAUGCGUUACGUGAGGCUUGGGGACUCGACGCGGGUCUUCGUGCAUGUCUGCCCGACCUCAACUUCCCCAUAGGUGCAGCAGAUGGCCCGAAGAUUACUGUCGGAAGAUGGUACUGCCCGUUCAUGUUUGUCAAGGAAGCAUGUCGCUUGCGAGACCAAAUGAAGCGUUCCAUGUUCUAUGAGAUCUCACUGGAGCAGUUCUGGCAGAAGGUGUAUGCUUGUGAGAACCACAGUGGCCAUGACAAAGUUGUGGAAGUGAACGCUCUUUUCGGGAGCCUACUGGUUAUGAUGGAUGGCGGCAAAGAGGUGGUGCAGGACAGAACUGUGCAUGGCGAUGAUGGCAUGGUAUGGUUCAAGCCUUUAGAUUCGAGAGCUAAGGGGAUUGGUUUGAGUUUGGCAAUGUGGGAAAGUAUCAAAUGGGAGCAGGGGAGAGGAGGGUGGAUUGCCGAUGAAGAGGAGAGGAUGGUGAGGUUGGAGCAGUACGAAGGGAUGAAUAGGUGGAAGAAGUUUGCGUGCUACGUGUUGGUGGAGAGGUUUGUCGUGAAGAGGAUUGAUGGGAGCUUGGUGUUGACCUUUGAUUUCAGACACAGCAUUAAAGUGAGGUCUAAAUGGGACUAAAAGUCAACUAGAAAAGCUUCCCAUAAAGCUUAGACAAGUAGUAAAUCAUGUUCUCCUUUUCCUUUUCUUUCUUUUGUGUUCUUAAAGCUAUUCAAUAUAUCUUGAUUUUGAUAUGCUUGAAACAUGAGAGUAAUGUAAUGCUCAGAAAGAUCACUAAUGAUUGACAUGUAAAAGAAGGUAGAAAAGGGAUGAAGUCUUGAGGAUAAG